GAUUAAGAACAUGUUUCUUAUUUACAACUGUGGCCUGGAAAGGGCAAAAACAUAAAAGAAAGAGAGGGCUUGUUUGCUAAAAGCAAAGUAUAGACUGUGGUCAAGGUCAAAGCAAAAAUCCAUUAAUGAGUCAGUUCUCCACUCUGACCUGCGUAAGGUGGCAGACUGAAGGCUGCGCCCAUGAUGUCACAGUUCGUAACUCACAUCUAUGAUGUCACCCUUCCAUGGGACUGAACCUGGACUCUAGUUUCAGUUAAUAUUGAAAGACUGAGACUGAUUAAGCAUCCUAAAUAGCACAUAGGCAGGCCUUGUCAUGGCAGUUGCUGUAAGGAUUUUCCUCUAUAUGGUGGGGAUUCCUUCAUAUCCUCUGUAAUCUCCUCCAGUGUUUAGAGGACUUUUGCUCACUGUAUAAAUAUGUAUGUGUGUGUUUGUAUACAGGGAUUGGACAGUGAAACUGAAAUUAUUUAUGAAUAUAGUAUAGGGCCUCCUUUUGCAGCAAAUGUGAAUGCUCACUCAUUCAGGACCAGUGAAAGCCAAAAUUGGUAGGUCCCUUCUCCCACUAGGAUGCAUUCCCUCACGUUUAUAAACAUGGUGAUGAUGUCAUAAUGCAAUGCAGGAUACGAUGAUGUCAUUUGUAAAGGAGGAGUAAUAACAGAGAGAUAAUAUCCUUAUUUUAAGACUACUGACAACAUAUUCCUUGGCUGAAUUUGGUUCUUCUCAAGACUCAUUAAAUUACCUGUAUUUCCCUCUCUGAUUGUCUUAAUGGCCAUUUGGUAGAAGUUAAUGAAAAUUCAUACCUGGCUUUCUCAAUUUGCAAGAAGUUCACGUUUCUCCUACAAAAGACAUCUUGUUCCCCGGCACAGAGGCCAGGGAAUGAUUGUUCCUUCCCUUUUUCUCAAAUUCCCUCGCAUGAAACACGGAGUCAAUAUAUAAAGAGUCUCUGUAGGUAGAUGCUACUUGUGUUUGCGUCACCAGAAUCGCUCCCGUGUUUGUUGUUUCUGCUCGUAGUGCCCCAGACGCCCCACAUUCUCGCCUUCCACCUCUGCAGAGGCAUCAGAGUAAUGUGUGUCACCACUUCUGGGACGUUAUCCCAGAUCCUGAGAUGAGGCCCACCGACUUAAAAUUUCUGAGGAGAAGCAUAUUUCUCACAGUCUUGAUGACUCAGACAUGAGAGUGAUGAUAGUCGCUGAUUCCUUGAGCGCGCGCACCCCACGCCCCCAAGCGCACAGGUCCCCGGAACAGCGUGCGUGACGCGCGUGAAGCGACGCGGCUCCUCCAGCACGGCGAAGAUUCUCUGCAGGUAUUAACUGCAACUUCGUGCACCUUCCAUACGGUGAAAGAAAUGUUUCCCGUGUUGCUUAUCACCUCCUUUCUCGGCAUGUUGUCACGGAGCCUCAGUGUAGGUCUGCAUGCCGGGCCGCAAGUUCUCCCACUGCCUGUCACCCUGUGCUGCGACCUGGCUGACAGGCCACCGGAAGGAGACAGCAGCCGCCACUGUGUGUCAAGCUAUCACAGUCCUGGAGGACUUCAGCAACCCACCCCUUCCCAGAGUCCUGUCAGCAUCCUCAUCGGCGUGCAGCUAUACCUCAACGAGACUGAAACGCAUGGAACUGUCUGCUUUGACAUCCUGUGCUGGGUUGACACCAGCCCAGGACAGUUAAUUUGUAAUAUAAAGCCAAUUACCAAGCCACCAGACACCCCUGUCGCAGUGGUCUUAAACUGUUUGCAACCAGAGUCAAACUCAACGAAUGGGACAUUCAGAGAGGAGACUGAGUGCAGGUGUGUCGCUGAUGAUGUUGUCAGGUGCUUCUCGGAUGCUGCCUCAGUGGACCACUUGAUCUCCAUGGAGGUCACCGUCUCCAGGGGCCCACUGACUGCCCACUCCCCCAUCGUGAGUUUUCUGCCAUGGGAUCACAUAUUUUUGCAGCCACCCGUUGAUUUGUGCUACAAAGUAACCAUUGAAGGAGAUUUGUUACUGAACUGGACUGAUUCACAGUCUGUUGCUCACCCACUCGCCUACGAUGUCCGGUACUUCCCCAAAGACUCAUUGGAUUCUUGGGAGUAUGUGGAUGGGUUGACCAUGCAGUCAGUCUCCCUGAGGAAGCUGAGCGUUGGAGUCACUUAUGUCAUUCAGGUUCGAUGCAGGUUCCAGCACAUAGCAGGGCCAGGGAGCUCCUGGAGUGAACCUCUAUACACUGAUAGUGAAGAAGUGACUUAUCUUCCUGAAAAAGUGUUGGCAAGCACUGGGACAAAUCUGACAUUUUACUGCAUAUUGCACAACUGGAGCGUCAAUGCCAAGAAUGCUGUCUGGUGGCUGGACAUGCGAGAGAAGGUUCCAGAAAGACAAUACUCUGUUAUCAAUGACCAUGUGAGUCGAGUCACUCUGGUGAACCUGGAGCCAAAAGCACGACAGGAAUCAUACAUUCUGCAUUGCUGUCCGCAGACCGGAGAACAUUCAUUCUGUCGCUUGAGUUCUGCGGCCUUCUACAUUAUCGAUAGUGACGUAUUAAUUUCCUGCGAGACCAAUGGGGACCUCACAGCCAUGACCUGCAGCUGGAAUACCAUACAGAGCGUCAGGUUCCAAUACCAAGUUAGGCAUGUGCCGUGCAGCAUAACAGAGGGCGCAGGGAACUUCUCUUCGGUCCUGGGAUGUCCCCAGGAGGCACUUGGUGUCGACAGUUGCACCCUCCAGCCUCUUUUUAUAAUAGCUUGCUACCGGAUGUGGGUGGAAUUUGGGACGGAGUUGAACCCGUUCAGAUCAGCCCCUAUCGAAGUUAUGCCUUUUGACUGGGUUAAGCCAAAUCCUCCAUAUGACCUGGUGGCCAUCACAGAUACAGAGGGCAAUCUGAAUAUUGAAUGGAAAAAGCAUGAAUUGCUUCCGUUCGAACUCAAGUAUGAGAUGCGUUACAGAAUGGAUUCACCUGAUGCCAACUGGGAGGUUUUUUCCUCUUACAAUCAGUCAGUUGUGGUUCCAGUGUUGGACCCAUGUCAGAUUUACAUCGUCCAAGUGCGCUGCAGUCGUCACGAUGAGGAUGGUCUCUGGAGUGACUGGAGUCAUCAGUGCUACAGCCACGUCCGUAAUUCUAGAGCUCCAAGCAAGGGACCUGAUUUUUGGAGGGUGUUUCAAGAAGUUCCGGGGAAGAACCAGACGAAGGUCACUCUUCAUUUCAUGCCUCUGGAGAAAGAGAAGCCUUUGUGCUGUGUUGAGGGCUUCCUGGUGGAGCUCCACAACCUCUCUGGCCAGGUGUGGUCUAACAGGCUGGGACUGGUUGCGUUUUACUCAUUUCCGUGGAACGAGAGCAUCCGCACUGUCACCGUCAUGGCCAGGAAUGAUGUGGGGCUGUCCAUCAGGAACACGAGAAUGACUCUAGCACCACCCACUAAAAAAUCGAAAUCACUGUCUCAGUUCAGCGUAAUGAGGGUUGACAGCAGCUGUGUCACCCUGACAUGGACCAUGCUCCCAGUGGACUCGAAUCCACUGUCUUUUGUCAUUGAAUGGAGGUCCCAGAGCACUGCGGGUGGAGUGAAGUGGGUUCGAGUCCCUGCCCACAUCCGCACCUUCAACCUACGAGAUAAUUUUUUAAGUUCUGAGGACUAUAGUUUUACUCUGUAUCCAAUAUUUCCUGACGGUGAAGGGGAACCAAUUUUUGUCAAAGAAGACAGGGUUCACCCCACAGGACAACACAUUACUUAUUUGCUUCUGAUAAUUAUUGUCUUCCUGUUGGUCCUGGCUCUGGCAAUUUCCCAGCACCAGAAGAUGAAGCUGGUUUGGCGAGAUAUCCCAGAUCCCAACAACUGCUCUUGGGCCAAGGGUGUGGAUUUUACCAAGGCCAAGACUGUCGAGAAUCUCUUUAAGCAGCGCGAGAUGCCCACAUCUUGCCCCCCUCUCUUGGAACUGGAGACCAUCUCAGAGGCUUUGAUUGUGGAUAAGACAAAGCUACCAAUAGAGAUCAAAGAGAUGGAGUUGACCUUUGACAAGACUGAGGAAAGGGAGGCCUCUGUUUCUCCUGAUAUCGAGGACUACCAGGAGCUACCGGCUCCAAAGAUAGCCAUAAUGUCUACUUCUGCCAUGAGUCUGACCCCAUCAGCAAUCGUCUAUUCCUCAAUACUGUUCCAGGACGAAGCUGGUCUCUGCCGUAGACUUCCCAAGAGCUUCAGUAGUUCCUCAGAUGAGGACAAGUCUUCAGGCAGCUCCGAUAUCCCUAAGUCCUCCUUCUGGAGUCUUUGGGAUGGGCGCCUCCCCCGUUUUUUGGAAGCGUCCCCCUUCCACUCUUGUCCUUUCAACUCACAGGAUGAGUUUUCAGUCACCCUGGACUGUGACGAUGAGGUUGUCAGUGGCCUGGCUGUGGGCAGGGAGUGUUUUCGCGUGGGCAUGGAUUCUGGUGACCGAGAGCAAGCUGCCUCUGUGCGUAGCAAGGAGAGGCCUGACCUGAACCACCUAGUGUCUCUCCCCCUACUGUGUCAUCAGGAGUCCACAUGUAAUUUGGUCGACACACCAGCUCACAUCGUCCCUCUUUAUGUUCCACAAUUCCGGACUGUAUCCAUUCAGAAUCCCAGAGGGAAAACACCAGAUUGAAUUUCCCGAAGCUUGAAAAGAAAAGCACAGAGGCAGAACUGAACAUGUUUACCCUUUGUGUGUACGGUGUGACCCUUAAGGCUGUAAUGCAAAGUCAAAAUAUGAUAGUUGUUACCCUACGGUUGAUAUUGGUAACGGACUGCUAUACUAUUCUGUGGCUCAUGAAGUGUGGCUUUAAAGUUGUAUGUUUAUUUUUGUAUGAGAUUGUACAAUCAUAACAAUUUAACCAGUGUGCCACAAAUUUACUUCUCCAUUUCCAGUAUGUUUUGAGAACUAUCUCUGCCUUCUCCAAAAAGAAGUGUGCUGUUCUGUUGUUCUGUCCCGUCUAUGGCCAACAGAAAAAAUGCAUUUUAUAAACCGACUUAAAGAUUUAUGACAGAGUUUUUGGAACAUCGAGACAUGCUUUCUGUGUUAAAAUAUUUGAUGUGACUGGAGUAGUGUUCGGAGUUUAGAAGAAGAAAUGUGCUUGAUUGUUGUUUUUCAUUUCAGCUUAGUUGAGUUUAAGACUUUGUUUAUCAUUCCAUCUCAAUGAAGUUCAGAGUGAAUCCUCCAAAAAAUUCACCAAAUCCACCCAAAACUUCUUGGGCGUCAAAAGAAGACUCAGAUUCUUGAAGUGAGGUUCUCGUUUCACCUGACAGUGUGGGGCCUUGUUUGUUGAGAAAAUGAGACUCAUUCUAAACAAACAAAAGGCUGAACACACUAUUACUAAUAGACAGGCAAGACAAUAGAAUACAAAGACAUGUUCUGGUUCAGGUAAAGCAAAAUGCAUUCGUUUCAAACAAGUAACACAAAGACAAUGGCAAAUGUUUGAUUAAACUUGAUAAAUGCCAAACAACUCUUUUUUUCUUGCUAAGAUACGGUACAGAAUUAACAAACAAUGAAUCCUCAGUCACCUACUUCGUUAGGUUUCAUUCAUGAACUAAUUACUAUAGCAUACAGAAAAGUCUAAUUAAUAUUCAUACAGUUUAGAUUGGCAUUAUCUGUUUGUUAACCUUUCAUGUCUCGAACAGCUCAAGGACACAAACAUUGCCACAACUUGCCACAUAACAUGAAUAAUCCGAAUCGCUCGUCUAGUUUGACUGUUCUUGUUGCGAAACGUGUUUGCCACUUUCGCCGUUCGGAAGCGAAACUUUCGUGUGAAACCUCUUUGGAAAGGAGAAAAAAAAAUGUAAGCUUGACUCAUGCAAGGUAGGCGUUUCCGUUUCAGAAACUGCUACUUCAUCCACAGUCAUGCUCACACGUAUCAUUAAACGUUGAUACCACAGUGUUCAAAAAGUUUGUUUUUGUAUAAAAUGGUAUUGAUUAUUCAUAUUUGUAGAUGGCCAGGAUGUUGAAUAAGUGAACAGACUAGAGUAGCUAUUUAAGAGGUCAGUCAAUCAAUUAAGUGUUCAGAUGGAUCAUUUCUCAUUGUAACAUCGACUCACUACUUAAGUUUUUCUGAUGUUAAAAUUAAUUAUAAGCUUAUCUUAUUUAUUCCUCUUGUUGCACUGAGCAUGUAAAUGACAAAAGAAUUUCCCUCGGGAUAAAUAAAGUUUAUCUUAUCUUA